AUGUCAGCCAAAUUCACAAGACUCGUUCGAUUUGAAGACAGCAGUGGAACUGUCCAUUAUGGAGAGGCCGGUUCAGACUGGAAGAAGAGCCUUGUUGGCCAGAAAGUUCCCAUAUAUAGCAUCACUGACGUGUAUGGGCACGAGUUCCCAUUAACUGGAAGCACCGUUGAGAUUGCAAAGGUCCUUUGCCCUCUCGUUUCAAUCCCAAUUAUGAUUGGCAUAGGGUUGAAUUACAAAGUUCAUGCUGAGGAAGCCAAUCUACCGAUACCUGACUAUCCAGUGGUAUUCACAAAAUUUGCUGACACUCUGGCUGGACCGUAUCAGGACAUCCAUGUCGAUGCCAUAGCCAAAGAGCUGGAUUAUGAAGGAGAGUUGACUGUUAUCAUUGGGAAAGAUGUCAAGAACUUAGGCCCGGACGAAAACCCUCUUGACUACGUGCUCGGCUACACAGUCGGCAACGAUGUUUCUGCCCGCUACUGGCAAUGGCCCAAGAUGUCAGGCUCACAGCACGGCUACGCCAAGUCGUUCGACAAUUUCGGCCCUAUCGGCCCUGUCAUAGCCUCGCGUGCUGCCAUUCACAACCCAGAAGCCCUAAGUUUGAGGACGUGGGUGAACGGCGAUCUUCGGCAAGACUGCAAGACCGAUGACCUGAUAUUUGGUAUUGCCAGCAUUAUACGACACUUGAGUCAAGGAAUGACUCUGAGGAAGGGAACAGUCAUCAUGACCGGCACUCCAAACGGAGUCGCCGCCUUCCUGCAGCCACGAAACUGGCUGAAGAAUGAUGACGUUGUCAAAAUUGAGAUUGAAGGAAUUGGUAUCAUUGAGAAUAAGAUGGUAGUCGCAUCUGAGUGA